UCUCGAACCAGACGAUCCUUUCUUUCCGGCACCUUCACCGACGACGCCGACGAGAUCCCUCCGCCGCCGACGACGACGGCCGCAGAGCUGGAUUUCUCACCUUGUCCUCUGACAGGUUCGCUCGCUGCACAGAGGCAUACCCGUGGCCAUGUCGAAGCUCGCCAACCAACCACCGCCGUCGGAUAUGGAUGUGGACUCUGCCGACGCAGCUGAGGAGAAGAAUCUCGUCAGGUUCUCCAUCAACGUGCUAGAACUCACAAGGGACGCACAGAUGCAGCAUGGCCUACGCCAUGGUGACUACACGCGGUACAGGAGAUACUGUACAGCGCGUCUGAGAAGGCUAUACAAGUCUUUGAAGUUUCUGCAUGGCCGUGGAAAAUAUACGAAGAGGAAUAUAAUAGAGUCAACAGUGAAAGAUGUGAGGUUUCUGCACGUGGUAUUUUAUAUGGCUGAGAGAGCAUGGAGUCAUGCAAUGGAAAAGAAAACUGCCGGUCCAAAUGCAAAGCAGCGCAUCUACAUGUUGGGUCGAUUUAGGAAAGCAGUCAAAUGGGCUACACUUUUUUCACAGUUGUGUUCUAUAAAAGGAGAUUCCAGGACAUCUUUGGAGGCUGAGGCAUAUGCUUCAUACAUGAAAGGAACUUUGCUUUUCGAACAAGAGAAGAACAUCGAGGCAGCAAUGAUGAAUUUCAAGAAUACCAGGACUGUAUAUGAGGAGCUUGGGAAGUAUGGCAGUAUAGAAAACCAACUUCUAUGCCGUCAGCGCAUUGAGGAAGUGGAGCCUAUGAUUGGAUUCUGUUCACGCAAACUUGGUGGAUCUGCUUUACAAGCACGCGAUCUUCUAGAUAUGGAAAAGGAGGGGCCUGCUUAUGAUCUCUUCAAAGCCAAGAUUGAGGCUGUAUUAUCUGAGACAAGAUCACAGCAGGCGGCUUCUAUGACCGAGUUCAACUGGCUUGGACGCAGAUUUCCAAUUACCAGUGCAAAGACCCGUGUUGCCAUUUUGAAAGCUCAGCAGCUGGAGAGAGAUUUAAGUGGUGCAGCAACAGAAUCGAUCUCUGCAGACAAAAAACUUGCUACAUUUGAUAAACUAUUUUCUGCAUACCAUGACGCUCGGGGCUGCAUCCGUAAUGAUUUGGCUUCUGCUGGCAAUGCGGAGAAUAUAAGAGACGACUUGAAUGGUCUUGACAAGGCUGUCAGUGCAGUUUUGGGAUUGAGGACCAUAGAACGUAACCAGUUACUUGUUAGUAUUGCAAAAAGUAAAUUUGCAAAGCAUCCAGAUGACAAGAAUGAGAAAAUUACGAAGCCAGAAGAACUUGUUCGACUGUAUGAUUUGCUAAUUCAGAAUACCACGGACCUAACUGAUUUAGUUAGCUCAGGAAGGGAUAAAAACGAAGAAGAAAACAGUUUUGUUAAUGAGUAUGAGCUAAAAGGUUUGGCUUUCCGAGCUGAGAGAUGUUUUUAUUUGGCAAAGUCAUAUAGUUCUGCUGGUAAAAGGACAGAAGCAUAUUCAUUAUUCUGUUAUGCCCGUUCUCUUGUUGAUUCUGCACUGCAUCAACUGGCUAACAGUCUUGACAAGGCCUUAAUCCAAGAUCUCAAAGCUCUCUCAAACAAUUGUAGAUCUAAUAGUUGCAUAGAACAUGCAACGGGUAUCAUGGAGGAUGAAACUGCUCCUGGAAAACUUUCUAAAGGAGUCUCAACUAUGUCACUUGGUGACAAUAAAAAGAAGGAUAAUAAAUACCUUAUUGAUAUGCUAGGGAGCUAUGAAUCAGCACUUGGCGAGCAACACCCCAAAGUGCCAACUCACAUUGUGCAAUUUCCUCCACCGUUCCAAUCAGUUCCGUGCAACCCCAUUGUUCUUGAUAUGGUAUACAAUAUAAUCGAGUUCCCGAACCUUGAGAACAGGAUGAAGAAAGAAAAGAAGAGUAUCCUCAAAAGAUUCUGGGGCUGAAAAGAAUAGAGGACGUAUCUCAAUUCCUCAGGAUUAUCUUCCUCUUAUAGUUUUUUUGUGUGGUAACUCCAGAAUUUCGGUACAUUAGCUCGGUGGAUUAGUUUGUUUUUGGCACUUGCCAUGAACGCGUGCAGACUCAGAUAACUUGCUCGUUCGCAAGAAAGUCGAACUAAGUUCCAUAGACACUUUUUUCGAAGUACAUCCCUUUGAGUGUCACCCUGACUUAAUCUGUAUAUAACAUCGAACAAUGAGUAUAAAUAUGUUUUAUGAUA